GCCCCCGGGCCGUAUGUUUGACACCCCUGCCCUAAUGUAUGUUAGUAUUGGUACUAGCACAAACCGAGUAAAGAUUGGUUUGGCCAGAUAAGUUAAAUUCUAAAGACAUGCUAGAAAAAUGUAUUUUAUGAAGAAGUUUGAAAAGAAAAAAAAAGAACAUGGACUUUUUUAGCCUCAUCCAUGUGCAAAACUGGGUCCUCAGACCAGAUUUUGUGUGAUGUUUGCUGUAUGAAUCACUGUAAACACUAUGCAGAUUAACUUAAUUGUGGUCUAAAGCUUCUGUUUUACCACAACAAACCAAAGUGCUUCUGGGAGGCACUUCACAAUUACAUUCCCAAGUCAGUAAUAAUGAAAACAAAGUACAAAGAAAAGAAGAUAUUGAUUGAUAGAACUGAAGCUUCUUGUGGAAAAACCUGGACGUUAAUUGUCUGAGUGAAGACACCUGACAGGAUAAUAAACCCACCCAAGGCCUCUGAACUUCAACAUGCUAGUAAAGAGGUCAGGCUCUCAUCCCCAGGGUGGGGAGGUGGCAGCAGUUUAACCCCAUGACAUCACAGAGAUGACUUCAGUUUCCAAACAAAAGAAGAAGCAGGGGGAAAAAAAGAAAAAAGAUGGGCUGGCAGAAAAGUAGACAACACAAACUCUGAAAGUUGCUCUCAGCUGCGAAGCUUCUCAUUUACCACCAGUUCCCCAGAGGUAGAAGGUGCAACCAGAACCAGGUCAGCAGGAGAAGACCUGUUGGAGGCCAAAGCCGUGGUAGAACGUCAGCCUUGACGUUGUUUCCUACAGAAGCCGGAGAGAAGACGUCUGAACGGCCGAGAGAAGCUUUAGUGUCAUCAAGACUGACAGGCUGGCACAGACCGAAUGAAUGAGCCACAGCUACAAAUACAGCUGAGAGGAGCAGCAUAGAGCACAUACACAGGAAGAAAUACACGAGAGACCUUCCCACCAUUAAGUUACCUACUGUAUAAAGGGAUGGCACUUCUUCUGAGUCUACUCUACGUCCUCUGUCUGGUUCUACCAGUUCUCAACCAGGACAUGCCAUAUGAAGAAUACAUGUCCCAGAUCGAGGCCUGUCCUCGGGAGUGUCACUGUCCACCCAACUUUCCCCAUGCGGUCUACUGUGACAACAAAGGUCUCAAGAGUAUCCCUAAGAUCCCUUCCAGCACAUGGUAUCUCUACCUGCAGAACAACAUGAUAGAAGUGCUGUCGGCAGAUGCACUUCGUAAUGCAACACAGCUGCGUUGGUUGAACCUGAACCGCAACAAGAUCACGAACGAAGGAGUAGAGGAAGGUGUCCUGGAGGCCAUGCCUCAACUGGAGCACCUGUACAUAGAUGAAAACCUCUUAUCUUCCGUGCCCUCCCCACUACCUGCCAGCCUGGAGCAACUGCGUCUUUCUAGGAAUCGUAUCUCCAAGAUCCCUGCUGGGGUAUUCAUGGGUCUGGAUAAGCUUAACCUUCUGGACCUUCAGGGGAACAAGCUGAUGGACGAUGCAGUGACUGAGGUGAGCCUAAAAGGUCUCAGUAAUCUGGUACAGAUCAACCUGGCCAAGAACCAGCUGACCAGUAUGCCUCUGGGUUUACCAGCCACCACGACGCAGCUGUUCCUUGACGGCAACAGCAUUGAGAAGAUCCCUGCAGGUUACUUCAAAGGUUUGCCCAAAGUGGCGUUUCUGAGGCUCAACCACAACAAGCUUGGCAGUAGUGGAAUUCCCAAAAAUGUGUUCAAUGUCUCUAGUAUUUUGGACCUGCAACUGUCCCACAACCAACUGACAGAGGUGCCGAUGAUUUCAUCAGAUCUUGAACACCUUUACCUUGACCACAACCAAAUCAGAAAUGUAACUGGAUCCAUCCUCUGCCCUGUGUCCAUCGACACUGUUGACGACUCCAUCAAUGAAAGUGUUCCUCGACUGCGUUACCUGCGACUGGACGGCAACGAAAUCAAGCCGCCGAUUUCGAUGGAUGUCAUCAUGUGUUUCCGUCUGCUGAGGUCCAUUGUCAUCUAAACAACAGUUGUAUCUGUCGCUGGUAAGAUUGAACAACAACAUGAACACUGCUGAGUCCUGAAGGCUCGAUACCAGGACAUUUGUGGACCCACGUAAAUAAACCAGUUCUCCGUUGACCCCUAGUUGUGCCUUAUGCCAUUAUUACCAUCUGUGUAUAAAUGAUAGAUGGAAAUACAUCAAAUUUACCUGCUGUAAUUUAGCAAGACAAUUGAGAAAAAAAAAAGUAUUUCUGUUACGUGUAUUUCUUUUCUCUUUUUAGUUGAGGUUAGUCUAUUGAGGAUUCAGACAUAAUGUUCAGGGAAACCAUCUUUAACUGUCAGACAAAGCGUUAGUCAAACUUUGAAUCUGAUCUUUUUUACUGAUGUCUUAAUGUACUGUAGGUAUUUAUUUAUAUUUAGUAUUUUUUGAAUUGGGGUUUUCAAAGGGAGCUAUCUUAGAGUCCAAUAGCAUGCAUGGUAUAUUUUCUUUAUAAAUAAUUUCCAACUAUCAUUCAAAUUGUGCUUAAUUAUUAAAAGAUUGGAAUAUGAAGCUAGAUAUUUAGGUGAUACGGAUUCAGGUUUUAAUAAAAUUUCAAA